UUGACGAGCGUUCACGGCCGAUAUUCGGCUUUACUGUCGUCGGGCCGCCACUGGCAACAUCAUCCAUGUUUGUAUCAGCUGUUCAAGUACCACCACCCAAAGAUGCCAUCCGCGGAAAUAAAAUGGCGUCCUUCAUCGGUAUAAAGGACAGGGUUGAAAUUCUCCAAUGAUUGUGUGACGAUGAUGAGACGGAACCUCGCCCUUUCCUGCUUGCUGCUCCCCGGCGCAUUUGCUGACUUGAUUUCACGCGCCACGAACGCAGAUGGAUCCACCCCGUUGUACAAAAACGCCAAUGCGUCAAUUGAGGAUCGUGUCAAGGAUUUACUCCCUCGGAUGACGUUGAAGGAGAAGGUGGCACAACUGAUACAGGGAGAUAUCGACGGGUGGAUGAACACGACAGAUCCCCUCGAUAACACGCUUACGUUCAAUAAGACGGGGCUGGAGGAGAUGGUAAGUUUGAAAGCGGGAUCGAUCUGGGCUGGAUACGAGAUGCCAUGGGAGAAAUAUGCAUUUGCGAUAGAAACGGGACAGAGGUAUCUUAUGGAGAACACGACCUUGGGUAUUCCAGCCCUCUUUGAAAGCGAAGGACUGCAUGGUUUCACGAACAACGGGACGAUAUUCCCCUCCCCAAUCGGGCUCGCUGCUAGUUUCAACAGGGAUCUCGUACAAAAUGUUUCCACAGUCGUCUCGAACGAGGCGGAGGGUUUUGGUAUCUCGCAUAUCUUUGCGCCUGUCCUAGACUUGUCACGUGAGCUACGCUGGGGCAGGGUGGAGGAGAACUUUGGCGAAGACCCAUACUUGACCGGAGAGAUCGGUUUAGCUUUCGUUCGCGGUCUGCAAGAUGGUACUCGUCGAGGGGUGGAGAGCGGGCAAGGGCGGAAGAGAAUAGCUGCAACGUGCAAGCAUUUUGCUGCGUUCGGGAGUCCACUGGGUGGAUUGAAUUUGGCACCUGUGGCUGGAGGUGAAAGGGACCUGAGGACGAUGUAUCUUCCGCCAUUUGAGAAGGCCUGUGUGGAGAGCCUGAGUAUCAUGACUGCAUAUUCAAGUUACGACGGCAUCCCCGCUAUUGCAAACAAGCAUAUGAUGAUUGAUAUCGUACGAGAAGAAUGGGGCUAUCCCUAUUGGGUCACUACAGACGCUGGAUCUCCCGACCUGUUGAUCACCCUGCACGGGACAUGCGAAACGAGAGAAUGUGCAGCGAAGACCACUUUAGAGAACAGUCUCAGCGGCGAAAUGGGCGGUGGUACCUACACCUAUUUGACUUUGGUCGAUACUGUAGACCAAGUCGGAGAAGGUCUCGUCAAUGAGUCUGUUAUUGAUCAGGUUGUUUCAACAUUACUGCGAGUCAAGUUUGAACUUGGCCUGUUUGAGAAUCCAUAUCCUUAUGACGACUACGCAUCAACCGUCCGCACUUCAGCUUCUCGGGACGUUCUUCACCAGAUUGAACUGGAAUCAAUAGUCUUACUGGAAAACCGCGACAACGUACUUCCAUUGAGUACUGAUAUAGGCAGUGUGGCACUGAUUGGUCCUCAAGCUGGCGUCGUCACGUUCGGCGAUUAUGUAUUUUUUAACGCCUCGAACAACGGCAUAUCACCUCUAACCGGCUUUGAAGAGUACCUCAGCAGCAUAUCGAGUGCAACCCAGGUAAACUACGCCGAAGGAUGCAAACGGUGGUCAAACGACGAAUCUGGUUUCGAUGAGGCUGUCAGAGCAGCGGAAGCUUCCGACGCAGCCAUAGUGAUGGUUGGUACAUGGUCCCUUGAUCAGACACUGCUAUGGACGCCAGGAACAAACGCUACCACAGGCGAACAUGUCGACCUAGCGGACCUCGCCCUCGUCGGCGCACAGCUCAAACUCGUCCAAGCUAUCAAGGCGACCGGGAAACCAACCAUCGUCGUACUCGUCAGCGGCAAACCCGUAGCUGAACCAUGGAUCCAAGCAAAUGCCGAUGCUGUGAUACAACAAUUCUAUCCCGGUGAAUUAGGUGGACUGGCAAUAGCAGAAAUUAUCUUUGGUGCCGAGAAUCCUUCUGGUAAACUCUCGGUGUCAUUCCCGAGAGACGUCGGUACUACCCCAGCGUUUUAUAAUUAUCUCAAGGGCGGGCGACCUGUUGAUCCCGGGGCAGUUCUGGAUAACGGAACAUUGGUAUUUGGACAUCAGUACGUGCUUAAUAGUCCCGUGCCGCUGUGGGGCUUUGGGCAUGGUCUUAGUUACACGACAUUCAAUUACACCGAUCUGACGCUAUCGCGAUCCACUAUUGGAACUAAUGAUGACUUGAAUGUGACGGUAACGGUUCACAAUAACGGUGCCGUUGAUGGCAAAGAAGUGGUCCAGGUCUACAUUACAGACACCUUCAGUUCCGUCGCCACUCCUAAUCAGCAGCUGGUCGGGUUUAAUAAGGUUGAUGUUGCUGCGGGAUCGUCACAAAAAGUUACGAUUCCAAUAUCGUCCUCACAGUUGGCCGUAUGGUCGUACAAUGGUUGGGUUGUCGAGCCUGGUAGCUUCAAUAUGAAAAUAGGGACGAGCGAGGAAACGUAUAUCAACACUACUUUGACCGUCCAGUAG